CUAAUCCGGCCCGGACGAACUCUCUCACUCAGCCUUAGACAGAGAGAAAGAAGAAAGGGGGAAGGACGUUCAGGUUCAGAGCCUGUGGGCGCCUGGAAAUGGAUAGGGUUUCCGAGAAGGAGAAAUCGAGCAAGCGUUCUCGAGAAGAACGCGAUCGAGACCACAAGCAUCGAAGUCGAGACGCCGAGGAAAAGCAUUUCUCUAAGGAUGAAAAGCAUCGUGAAUCCGAUCACCACCAUCGCCGGCGGCACCAUCGAUCGGACCGUGAUUCGAAGCGCGAGCGUUCCCAUGAGCCGCGCGAUCACGAACAUCGGCGGGAAAGGUCUUAUGAGCAUAGGGAGGAUAGAGAAAGAAGUAGAGACAGGGAUUCGUCUAAGAGAGAGCGGUCAAAUGAACCGAGAGGGGUGAGAGAGGGAAGUGAAGGGCGGGGCAAGCUGCGCAAGGUGAGGCACGAGCAAUCAGACAAUGAUCAUGAACAGGAAGGGUCGUUCGAGCCAACCCAGAAUUCUGUACGCUCAAACAAGAGGAAGGAGAGGGGAGGAAGUGAGGAUAGGUUUGAUGGCGGUGAGAAGAAGGCUAGGGCUUCGGAAGAUGGAAAGGAUCUUAGACGGAUUGAAGAUGGGAAUGAAGAGAAUGGAGCUGAGACGGGUGCGAAAAAGGAGCGGAGGAGAUUGGCUGACGAUGAGAAAGAUGGCGAAGCGAACUUGAGUGGUAGGGGAAGGAGGGAGAGGAAGCGGUUUGAGGAUAGGGUAGAGGAAGAGGAUAAUGGUGGAAAUGCCGAGGAUGGGAAAGUUCAGUUUGGAGGCACCACUGAUGAUAAAGGGUCACUGGGGAAUGGAGCUAUGGUAGAACCCAUCAAUAUGUCAUCAGGAAGUGUGCCCCAGAAUUUUUUACACCAUAGUCAUCCCCUUCCUAUCAAGGUAUCUUCAAUUUCUACCACAAAUGAAAAUAAGGGAGUUAGUAUUACCAGAUCUCAUGAGGUUCAUGGAAAAUCUAGUACAGAUGGGACAUCUUCAACUGCUGGGAAAAGUGGAAAUCUCUCUCUUGAUGCUUUAGCUAAAGCUAAGAAAGCCUUACAGAUGCAGAAAGAAUUGGCCGAGAAGUUGAAGAAAAUUCCUCUGAUGAAGAAGUUUGGGGGGUCAAGUUCUGCAAGCAGCUCAGUUGUGAAAUUGGAGGAGAAAGCUAAACCUGGUGUAUUGGGGCAAUCGCCAACUACAAAUAAUGCUACAACCCUUUCAAUUGGGGUAGCAUCAAGUUCAUCGACAUUACCUUCUGUUGCCAGUGCACUUAAUGGUGGUAUUAAUGUUCUGGCUGGCCUUACCUCUAUACCCCAUUUUGAAGCUGUCAAACGUGCACAGGAGCUCGCUGCUAGGAUGGGAUUUCGACAGGAUCCAGAGUUUGCUCCUCUCAUAAAUUUGUUUCCAGGGAACACAGCAACAGACGUUGCUGUUCCACAAAAGCUAGUCAAGGCCCCUGUUCUUUGUCUUGAUGCACUUGGCAGGGAAAUUGACGAACAAGGAAAUGUUGUUAAUAUAACCAAACCCAGCAACCUUAGUACUCUUAAGGUUAACAUCAACAAGCAAAAAAAGGAUGCAUUUCAGAUUCUUAAACCUGAACUUGAUGUGGAUCCAGAUUCAAACCCUCAUUUUGAUGAGAGGAUGGGUAUAAAUAAAACGAAAUUGCUGAGGCCAAAGAGAAUGAGUUUCCAGUUUGUUGAGGAAGGGAAGUGGUCUAAGGAGGCUGAAACCAUAAAAUUGAGGAGUAAAUUUGGAGAGGCACAAGCUAAAGAACGAAAAGAGAAGCAAGCACAAUUGGCCAAGGCAAAGGCUGCACCUGAUAUAAAUCCGAAUUUGAUCGAGGUAUCAGAGAGAGUUAUCGUGAAGGAAAAAACGAAAGAAUCAAUUCCUGAAAUUGAGUGGUGGGAUGUCCCCCUUUUGCAUUCCGGCACAUAUGAGGAUGUGGGAGAUGGUGUUGUGGCCAAUGAAAAAUUAAGGAAGGAUAAGAUUACUAUAUAUGUGGAGCAUCCUCGUCCUAUUGAACCUCCUGCUGAGCCAGCUCCCCCACCUCCUCAACCCCUAAAGCUAACAAAGAAGGAGCAGAAAAAACUUCGUACACAGCGUCGUCUAGCAAAGGAGAAAGAUAGACAGGAAAUGAUUAGACAAGGCCUGAUAGAACCACCUAAACCAAAAGUUAAAAUGAGCAAUUUAAUGAAAGUUCUUGGCUCAGAAGCAACCCAAGAUCCUACUAAACUCGAGAAGGAGAUUCGUGCUGCAGCUGCUGAGAGGGAACAAGCUCACAUUGAUAGAAAUGUUGCACGAAAACUUACCCCUGCAGAGCGCCGCGAGAAGAAAGAACGCAAACUUUUUGAUGAUUCAAGUUCACUUGAGACAAUUGUGUCUGUUUACAAAAUCAACGAUUUAUCACACCCACAGGCCCGGUUUAAAGUCGAUGUUAAUGCUAGAGAGAACCGUUUGUCUGGAUGUGCUGUGAUAUGUGAUGGCAUCAGUGUACUGUUUGUUGAAGGGGGAAGCAAGUCCAUCAAAAGGUAUGGGAAGCUUAUGCUCAGGCGUAUAAAUUGGACCGAUUCUGUGAAAGAGGAGGAUGAUGAGGAGGAACAUGAAGACAAGCCUGUCAACAAAUGUUCAUUGGUAUGGCAAGGAAGUGUUGCCAAGUCUAGCUUCAAUAGAUUUUCUAUCCACGAGUGCAUGACCGAGGCAGCUGCUCGGAAGAUUUUUGCUGAUGCUGGUGUCGGUCAUUAUUGGGAUCUCGCUGUUAACUUCUCUGAUGAUCAAAUAUAAUCAAACUUCUGCACUGGUAGUUGAUGCGAUGUGAUUCAGUCAGUGUCUUGUAUGGUAGAGAUACAGGAAAUGCGGAACUGUUCAAAGCAAACAUAUCAUCACAGUAUUGCUAGUCUUGCCUGCUGUUUCUAUUGAUAGGUGAGAAGAUUUCAUUAUGUUCCAACUCACCUAUCCGAUGGGUUCCUGGAAAUUUUGCUGAUAUCUUGAACCAGAACCGAGCUCUGUAUGAAAAAAAUCUUGUAAUUGUUGAUGAUCAGUUGGUAGCAAAGAACAGCUUGGAAAUCUUAUCAGCCCAAGAUGAGCUCAAGAAAAUGGUAUUAUGUCCAAUUCGUCUAUAGUAGUCCUCAUUUCUUGUACGCUUA